UCUCACUGGAAAGAAACGUUCAUCUCUCCUGUCCCCGGAACGUUGCUUUGCUGGUAUUAGAACCUACUUUUUCAGGAUUCCAACCCAGCUCUCUGGGACCUGCCUGGGACUCGAGCAUCAAACUGAGACAGCUGACACUUUUGGUCUUGUGGACAACUACUGGAUCCUUGCCUUUCCAUCAGGAGAAGGCCACUGCCGGACCGCUCGGACCACAGCCUCUCUUAGCCUUCAAAGCCAAGCCAUGCCUAAGGAGCAGCAAGAAAUGCUGAGGGGCCCCCACAUCUCAGCUUCUGCACCAACCACCACGAUCAACAUGCCGGCUGAGAUCUCCACGCCUGAUCACGUGAUCUGGUCCACAUUCAAUGCACUCUUCAUGAACUUCUGCUGCCUGGGUUUCAUAGCAUACGCCUACUCUGUGAAGUCCAGGGACAGGAAGAUGGUAGGUGAUGUCACUGGGUCCCAAACCUAUGCUUCCACUGCCAAGUGCCUGAACAUCUGUGCCCUGGUCUUCAGCAUCAUCAUGAUCAUUGUCAUCAUUGCUCUUUACGCCAACAGACUUGGUUCUGGGAACUUCUAGUCCUGCCUUGGGCUCCUCUGUCUACAGCUGCCCCACACCCUGGUCUUGGUCCUGCCACUUUACCCCACACAUCCAGCAGCUGUUAGCUCGCAUCUGUUCACAGUGGAUUCAAUAAAGUACGCAUAUUGACAACUA